AAUAGUAAAAAAAGAGAAUCAAACAUUUUCUUAUUUCGUUAUUAUAGAGGGUGAAUGGGAGAGAGGAACCGGCAGAGACCAAAGGGGGCCCGCCUUAAUUCACCUAAUCCUUUGUCUCCCUUACCCCUCUUUUACCUCCCACCAGCCGCUAUUUUCUCUGCCCUCCAGUCUCCGUGCCUAUCACUAGACCGAUCUCCACCGGUUCUCUUUUCUCACAUUCUCUCGUUUGAUUUGAAGGAAAAAAAGAAAGAAAGAAAUCUUGAAACACACAAAAUGCUGUGCUCGAUCUCGACCUCGAGGUCGAGCUCCAACUGGCUCGAUCGCCUCCACACCUCCAAAGGCUUCUCCAUCCCCGCCGACCUCGAUCUCGACCACUUCCUCUCCUCCAACCCUAACCCGGACCCCAACUCCAAUUCUUGCUUUCCUCCUCCUCCUCCUUCCGAGACUCGGCCCUCCUGUGCGCGGCGGAAGCAGCAUCCGCCGCCGCCGGUCUCCGCCUCGGGGAGCAAAACUGCCGGCGAGAAGGAGCAGAUCUUCGAUCUGAUGAGCUCCGCCUUGGCGGAGCUCUUCGUCAUGGGGGACCGCCCCGCCCCCGGAACCCUAAGGGCGAGCAAGAAGAGCUCCCGGAAGCAGCCCAACCCUAAGGCCUGCGUCCCCUCCGUCUCAGCGAGCAUCGGUGGCAACUUCUUGGCCGGUGCGCCGGCGGCUUGCCACGUUACUCCGGCGACUUCGCCGUCGAGCGCUGAGAACAGCGUGGCGGAGGCCAAGAAGAGCCGGACGAAGGCGAGAAGGAAGCGUGGGACGGCAGGAAGUCCUGUCGAGUCGGAUUUGUCGACGUAUUCGAAGACGGAGGUGACGGUUAUCGACACGAGCUCCCCAGGUUGGAAGUCGGAGAAGCUCAUCUUUAGGAAGGGGAUCGUGUGGAAGGUCCGGGACAAGAAGCUAUGGAAUGUAUGCAGGAAGAAGAGGAAGCUGGGUCUGGUGGAGAGAUUGAUCAGCGAGAAGGAGAAGGAGCAGCCGUUGAUUGACAUGAAAGUUCCGGCUGGGAAGGAGCGUUCAAGAUCAGUGGAUGAGGGAGGAGCUCAUGCUGAAAAGAUAGAUGCUUCAAAUGAGUCUGAUGAUCAAAUUCAAAUUCCUAUGAGAAAGCCAAAAUUUUCAAGAUCACCGCGUGUUCCAGCAGCCAAAGAUUCUUCUGUUUACUGUUUACAAGUUAGUACAAGCAGGAAAAAUGGCUCGGCAUGUCCCAAAGGUACUCCAAAAGGAUGAUGAGACUGUGAAGUGUUUUUGGGAGAUCGCUAUUAGGAGGAUUUUGGAGAGCUAUUCUUUGUUCUCUGCAUCUUGAAGAAAUGCAGACUGCUCUCUGCAGGACAAUAUAUGAGCGAAGGUGGUUAAUGAAUCACUGGUUGCAUUAGCUCUAAACUAUUAGCAAGGGCAUUAGAAGCUGUUCAUUGACUCAAAGCAGUGGGUUUUGAGUGAAUUCAUUUCACAAAAAAUAUCACGAGAGUGUCAAAGCUAUGACAUGCCUGUUCUGGAUCAAAUUCAUCCAUUUAAUACCCAUUUUCUAUGAAUUAUCA